AGUAAUAACGCCCUCUACAGGAUUUUCUACGUGGCCAAUGGAUUCGGCCAUAUCUGUGAUAAGAUUCUUUAGGAGACUAAGAUUACAUCGGUUUUAUCCAUUUUAUCUAUAACUCAUCCAGGCUUAAAACAAUUAAAUAUGAAGAAUAUUCUCUUUUUAUGGACAUUUUUAGUUAUUGUAACGUGGAUCGCUCGUUGUGAUGAACAUGAUCACACAUACAAAGAUGGUGAGGAAGUGGUACUAUGGAUGAAUACUGUGGGUCCAUAUCACAACAGACAGGAAACCUACAGUUACUAUUCCUUACCAUUCUGCAGAGGGCAAAAGAAAGACAUCAGCCAUUAUCAUGAAACAUUAGGGGAGGCCCUGUUAGGAGUGGAGCUGGAGUUCAGUGGGAUUGAUAUAGAUUAUAAAGGAGACUUCAGCCACACAGAGUAUUGUUCUGUGGAGAUCACUGAAGAGCAGUAUCAGACCUUUGUUUAUGCUGUACAAAAUCAUUAUUGGUAUCAAAUGUACAUUGAUGACCUGCCAAUAUGGGGAAUUGUUGGUGAGGUAGAUCAAGGGGGGGAAGAUCAUUACAUAUGGACACACAAGAAGUUUGACAUUGGAUAUAAUGGACCUUAUAUUGUGGAUGUCAAUCUGACAUCUGAAGCAAAAGUGAAGCUACAGCCUGGGAUUAAAAUUUCAUUUACUUAUGAGGUGAAAUGGCAACCAUCCACUGUGAAAUUUGAGGACAGAUUUGAUAAAUACCUGGAUCCCAACUUCUUUCAACAUAGGAUUCAUUGGUUCAGUAUUUUCAACUCAUUUAUGAUGGUUAUUUUCCUUGUUGGCCUUGUUAGUAUGAUCUUAAUGCGUACAUUACGUAAAGAUUAUGCUCGUUACAGCAAAGAAGAAGACUUGGAUGAUAUGGAAAAAGAUCUUGGAGAUGAAUAUGGGUGGAAGCAAGUCCAUGGGGAUGUGUUUCGACCAGCUUCUCAUUCCCUUUUGUUCUCAGCACUUAUAGGAACAGGUUAUCACAUUGCUGUGGUUACACUUUGUGUCAUUCUGUUUACUAUAAUUGGAGAACUCUACACAGAACGUGGGUCAUUAUUGAGUACAGCCAUUUUUGUGUAUGCUGCUACUUCCCCAGUCAAUGGAUAUUUUGGUGGCAGCUUGUAUGCCAGGAUGGGAGGUAAGCUAUGGAUCAAACAAAUGGUGGUCAGUGCUUUCAUGAUGCCAGCAGCAGUCUGUGGGACAGCUUUCUUUAUCAAUUUUAUUGCCAUCUACUAUCACGCUUCACGAGCCAUUCCAUUUGUAACCAUGGUUGCAGUUACUUGCAUCUGCAUCUUUGUGAUUCUACCCCUGACUCUGGUUGGUACAGUGUUGGGUAGAAACUUGUCUGGACAGCCUGAUUACCCUUGUCGUAUUAAUGCUGUGCCAAGACCAAUUCCUGAGAAGAAAUGGUUCAUGGAGCCAGCAAUCAUUACAGUUCUAGGAGGUGUUCUGCCAUUUGGAUCUAUUUUCAUUGAAAUGUAUUUCAUCUUUACCUCUUUCUGGGCCUACAAAAUUUAUUAUGUGUACGGCUUCAUGUUGCUGGUCUUCCUCAUUCUAACUGUUGUCACAGUCUGUGUCACCAUUGUGUGUACCUAUUUCUUACUCAAUGCUGAGGACUACCGCUGGCAAUGGACUAGCUUUAUGGCUGCUGCAUCAACAUCUGGCUAUGUGUACAUUUAUUCAUUUUACUAUUUCUUUUUUAAGACAAAAAUGUAUGGGUUAUUCCAGACAAGCUUCUAUUUUGGCUACAUGGCUCUUUUUAGUUUAGCCCUAGGAGUAAUGUGUGGAACAUUUGGCUACCUGGGAACCAGUAUAUUUGUUCGUAAAAUCUAUUCCACUGUGAAAAUCGACUAACUGGUUGUUUCAGGACAGUGUACAUUAGUGUGCAUUUGUACUUCUCUACAAUGUUUGUAGUUCUAAUUAACUCCACCUCUAAAAUUGUAGUGGUAGCUUACCAUUGUUAUUUGAUGUAGACAAAACCUAGACAAUUUCUGCUGCACAAAACUUUGUGCCUUUCUACCAUUGCUCUCUCUCUAGUGUACAGAUUGUUCAAAUAGAGGAAAAAGUUUUGGUUUUGAAGGGAUUUUUUGGAAGUAGGUGGCAUUAAAAUCACAUUAGAUUAUAAAUUUAUAUGUGCUGAGCUGUAUUCUCUGAAAUAGUUAUACUUAAAAAAUGGUCUAGAUAUAAAAGCCACCCACUUCUAAAAAAAAUGUUUUUUUUUCUUCUAAAUUCUUUUUAUUGCCUCUUAUCAGUGAUGUAUUUAUUUUUAACAAGGAAAUAAUUUAUGAUUCAAACUUGUCAAUUUUUACUAAUGAUACAGAAGAGAAAAUUUAUAAUGCAAGUACUAACUGUUUUCUUUCUUGUAUUCAUAUUACUAUGGGACAUCUUAAGAUGAUAUCUGUGGUGAAACUGUGUGAGUGGUUUUGGUGAGACUAUCAUCAUUGGGCUUCUAGAUGUACAUAUCUUCCUGCAUAGAACUGGCUCACAGCUCAGUUUGGUAGUGCAUUGUUUCUGUAAUAUUUGAUUCUGAAGGAGUACAAGUGGAAAGUUUUCUAUUACCUGUUGUAAUAUCUUUGUGAUGUGUAUACAUGUUGAAAGUUGGAGGGAUACUAGUUAACUGACUGAUCAAUUCAAUACUUAUUGUUGACCAUAUUUGAUGCUUUAUUUUCUAUAGUAACUUGAAUUUGGCAGUCUUAAUAAAGUUUCUAUUGGGAAAUAACAUGUAUGUUUUUUUUUGUGUGUAUUUCUACAUAUGUAGACCAUUGUUAUGUUGUGAUGCUUUUAAAACUUUAAGUUACAUGAUGCACCUCAAUUGAUUGUAGUCUUAGGUUUUUUCUAAAAAUCUUUGGUUAAAAAUAAUCAUGUUUAGUACAAUGAAUCAACUAGAGUUCUUUACCCCAUACAGCUGCAGGUUUAGUGUGAGCUUGUUGUAUGGUCUUUGAAACAAAUCAUAAACAUGCCAGCAUCUGUUAUUAUAUUUAACAUCAUAGUCCAUGAAAUAUUUUUAGUGAUGUAUAAACCUGCUAAUUUUAAUUGAAGUUUUAGCAUGUCAUUUCAAUCGUUUCAGGUUAAUGUUUUUUUUUCACCUAUGGUGAUAAUGUGUAUCUAAAUAAAUUUUAAGUGUUUUUUUUUUUUUUUUUAAUUUUGACACCAAAACUGUACAUUACACUGCCAUAUGCCUUUUUUUUUCUUUGCAGAUUAACAUAAGCUUCAUCAUUUUAUUUAAGGGGGUCUUUUGUAUAUAAAAUGUAGGAUUAGAUUGUUUACUACAUAGUCUUCUUAAUCUCUAAUGUUUUCAAUUGAACAAUUGAAUGAUUCUAGUUUGGAUAAGUUUACUGUGCUCAAGAUCUCUUGAGCUAUUGUUUAUGAAUGAGUUGAGAGAGUCAUCCGUUUUAUUUGACACAACCUGGGCUUUAUUUUUGUUUUAUUUGGUUUAAGUUCGGUUCACCAACAAAAUCGCUUCAUUCCAGUCCUUUCUCAUGUUCAUUGGAUGACUCCAUAUGUGAUGAUUGAACUGAAAACUAGUUCUGUAAAUAUGUCUUUGGAUUGUUUACUUUAUUUUGCAAAGUAACUUUUUUUUUAUGAGGUGAAUGAAAAAAAAAAAAAAAAAGGUUCCAGUCAGUGGUACAUUUUGAGUGCAUGAUUUAUGUUCCUAAUUGUGAUGCUGUUUUCAAGCUGAAUGCAAAUGUUUAUACACUUUGUUUUACACAAGUCUGUAUUUUGUUUCAGCCUAUUUUUUGUAUGGCAGACAGAACACAUACACACAAGUUAAACUGUAGAACCAUUUUGAAUUGAAUGCUUUGAACACAUUAUACUUACAAAUCAAGAAAUGUUGGCACCAUUAUAAACCAUUGUUAAUAUGACAUUUGUGUGCCCAAAGUGGUAUCACCAUUAGCUAAUUAAUGGUAGGCCUACAUCAUGUGAUUCAUGUAUUAAGAGACAUAUACAACUGUAGAAACAUUUCAUCUAAGGCCAAUAACUGGUUUUAUCCUGAAUUCAGUUCUAUUUUUUUGUUGAAUAAAAUAUUUAUUAAACUUCAA